GUAGCAACAGCCUCGCUCACAAAGUUUCCAAGAUGGCGGACAAACAUUGACUUUAAGAGUGCUGAGGUUUAGGGCCUGGAGCACUUUUAUUUACGUUAUUUAUGUAUCGUAGCCAAUGAAUAUGAGAGCUACAGGUUCUGAACAAUACGAAGAGCAUGGAAUCAGACCGCCAAAAGCUCGAAAUCUCUUACCAUCGAAGAAAUUCCGUGACAACGUUAAGAGAUGGGGCGAAUCGACGGAGUUGAGUAGAAGACGAGUUAUAAUUGUGCCCAGUAUAAAAUGUGCGGCUAGAGACGUGAAUGUCACGGCAGAGGAUAAGGAAAAGAAUGGUUAUCAGGAUUCUGAAGGCGAUAUUUUUGCUCAUCAAGUUGAAAGAUACAAGAAGCAGUUACAGGAACGAAAAAAGACGAGAGAAAUUUUAAACAAUUGUGGGCUUAGACAAGACUGGCUGAGAAACAAGACUGGUAAAACUGAACUUGAAAGAAGAGUUUUGAAAAGAAUGGUAUUAAAAGGAAAACCUGAGAUUACAGUAAAAAAGGCUCCUACUCCUCCCCCAGAGAUUGAAGAGGACACAACAGUAACAGGUGAAGAUAGAGGGGUUCCCACUAUUCACCAGCCCUCCCCGGCUGCCUUGGCUAUCAUUCAAAAAUACUUAGAUCGUAAAAGAAUGCGGCUAUUGGAUCUGUUUGCUCAAGCUGACAAAGACAAGAACUGGGUGGUGUCUCGGCAAGAGUUUAGGAAUAUUAUUCGAUCAUGGCGGAUUCCACUCACAGAUGUUGAUUUGGAGGAUUUGAUAUUGGCUUUGGACAGAGAUAACAGUGAUGCAUUGGAUUACAGAGAACUGUCUGUGGGCAGACAGUCAUAUCUGGAAGAAAGGGUCACCAAGCAAGCAGCUGAGAUUGUCCAAACUGCUAACACCAAAACUGCCAAAAGACCUGAUACUAUUCUUGAGGAGCCUGAACCUACUUCUGACCCCACCCAGGAAAAAUGGUCCGGCACUGGGAACCAAAGACCAUCCUCUCCUCAAAGACCACCCUCCCCACAAGUCACCCCCCAAAAGAGGCCCUUAUCAUCACCACAGAGACCUGUCACUCCUUCUUCUGCAGCAGCACGACCAGUAUCCUUUAUGGAGCAGCGGCCAGGGUCUGAACCCCAGCUGCGGCAGUCUCGGCCUGUGUCACCCACCAGUAGUGGAAGUAUCGAGAGCUUAUCACCCACCUUGUUGGAAAUACCACCUGUUCAGUUAUCAGAGAAAGUGGACCAGUUGACUCAAGCUGAGAUCAAAGACAGACGUAUGAAAAAACAACAAAAACGGAAAGAAAAAGAAAAAGCCAAACAGAAAAAAAGAACCGUACCAGAGAAAGUGUCCGUGGCCCCUUCUACCUUGGGGGGUAGGGUGGGAGAGAUGGUAGAUCGGUACCGAAAGAUGACCAUGAAGGAGUAUAACGAUGUGGUGGAACUUUGCCAUAUGCACGGGGUACAGCUAAGUAAAGAUCUUCUGGAGCGAGUUCUCCUUCAACCAGAAGACAAACCGCUGUCACAGAUAAAGCUGACCGCGCGAAAACCUGGAUUCUUCUCAAUCUCCACAAGGCAUCACAUACCACAAGUUAAGUUCCAGUCUUCUACAGCUGGAAGCAACCAGAGACGGCCGAAUUUUACAAACCCGGGUCCAAACACGUGACAAGUGACUUUCAGUACCAAACGAUCAAAGUAUAUAUACAAAACAGUGAAUUCGAUACAGACAAUGUAGGUAUACACGGUAGAUCAAAAACAAUAUGCUAGUUUUUUGGUAACUUUGUAAGUCAUAGUACUCGAAAGAUAAUAACUAUAAUAAAAAACAUCAAGUUGAUAAGAACGCUGUUGGUUUGAAGUUAGUUUCGUUCAAAAUAUAUUGGGGAAUUUAAAUAUCUCCGUUUAUCCUGACCCGUGAGGUAUGAUACUGUUGAGGUUACAGGUGCCUAUUGCAUUGCUGCAAGUGUGCGUUCUUUGUGCAUUAUUUUAUAUUAUUAUUCAGCUUGCAUGCAGUGUACGAAUUUCGAAUUUUCUGAUUGGCUAAUUUGUAUCACGUGAUACUGGGUUGUGACGAAACUACUUCCUUGACGUUAUUAUCGUGGUGUAAGAGCCGUGGUAUAAAUUAAACGCACCACAGUCAUUACACCAUGGCUGCGGUUGACUCGAAAGUUUGACGAUGUGUCAGAUGCAGACAUUGAUUCUAUUAUUGAUGACGCAAUUCCUAAAAACACCAAGAAAGUAACUGCUUGGGGAAUAUCUGUUUUGAAAGGUAAGGUUGCGAAUUUUCAAUUUUUCAUUCAAGUUAGUUGAGGUGUUCUGCGUGUUGUCAACAGUUUGGCCAGCUUUGUUCAAUGCAGCGAGUCUUUGUGCAGUGUAUUCAGUUUGAAUGAUAAAAAUGUAGACGCAGCAUUGUUCAUGAAUUAGCAGGAUUCACCUGUACUUGUUCACAAACACUGAAUUCGAAAUUUUCAAUACCGCCCCUGGCAAAGCCUCGUACGGUAUUGAAAUUCCUCGUUCAUUGUUGGUGAACUCGUGCAGGUCAAUCCGGACAAUUCACUCGCUGAGUACGUUAACCUGUAAAUCAUGUUUGAGGGAGGUCUUUAGUAUGUCAAAAAUUUAGGCAAAGGUUUUAUUAUUAAACCCACGUAGCCAACCCUUAAAGGAUUACUUGAUUUUCUUUUUGCAAUACGUGUGUAUGUCGCGUUUCGAUGCGUGGAAAAGUUAGUAUUAAAAACAAUAAUAACAAUGCUUAUGACAGUGAUGGUAAUG